AUGACCGCCGCCAACAAGGGCUCCCAGCGCGCAAAGCGCCCCCUCCAGACUGCCCCCUCGUCGUCCACCAUCGCCCCCUCCGUCCCCGCCAUGGCCAUCAAGCAGGAGGACGCCGGCCACGCCCUCCCUGCCGCCCACCAGCGCCCUGGCACCAGCACCGGCUACGAGAGCGGCAACCUCUACCACGCAGGCACCCCGUGGCACGUCCAGACGUCCGACGUCGACAGACCCGCCGUCCGCGCCGCCACCCACGGCCAUUCCUUUCGUGACCCCGGUCAGUCCUUUCGUGCCCCCGCCGCAGCAUCUACCCAAUACCCCGGCCAGUCCUUUCUCGUCCCCUCCUCCGCCUUCAACUUCAGUCUCCCCGAGCUCGUCGGUGGGACUCGCCCCGGAUCGAGCAAAGGCCCUUCAGCCGACCCCGCCCCUUCCCUCCCGCCCCUCGCUGCCGUCGUCUCCUCCGCCCUCCCUUCCACCCUCUCUCUCCCGCCCCCACCAUACCCUCCCCCCGCCGCCUCGCUCUCCGCUCCCCAGCAACCACUCACACUCACACACGUUCUUCCACUACCAGCCCCAUCCUAUGCUCUCCAUGGUCGACGCCCAUCCACCGCAGCUCGCCCAGGCACCGCACCCGCUUCCUACUUCUACUCAUCUCCUUACCCCCCACCAGGAUCUGGACAUGGACUACCCGCCCUGGGCACACCUCGCUCAGACCACCUAUCCCUUCCAUCCAUCCAUGCCCUUGGACACGGCCCCCAGCUCGACCCCUUACGACUCCCUUCCGGUGGAUAUCUCGAUGGAGGAGACGAUCGCGACCCAACAUCUCCCACAGGAGCUUACGGCGACUCUCCCUUUUCAUUCCACCCACCAUCCUCGGCAGUCCCCUCCGAACGGGAGCCACAGCCACCCGCAGCCGCACACAACCCUCGCAAGCGACCUUUCGCCGAGUCCGACGAUGAUGUCCCAUACGAACAACAGCGCGACAGAGGAGGGGAUGCUGGCCGCCCAUCUAGCAGCGGCGAAUACGACUAUGGCUCCGAGUCUCGGCCCCAGUCUAGACGACUCUCCGUCAUGGAACUCUGCAACGAUGCAGAUGCAGAUGGACAUCGAGCAUUUCUACCACUUGCGGGCCCAGGCUCAGGCUCAAGCGGAGGCCCAGGCCCAGGCCCGGGCACACGCCCGCAGCCAGGCGCAGUCUCGCGGCCCACCACCUCGUCCGGACUCGUCGCGGGCGCAUCACAACUCGCACUCGUCGAUCGCCCAAGCGCCUCCCCCGGCGGGUCCCCAGAACCACCCGCACGAUUCGCAUUCUCAGGUGCAGACACAUCAGUACUCGCUCGACCUCCGCCGCCAGCAGCACGAGCAGCUUCGUAUGCAGCAGGAGCGUAUCCAUAUGCAGCAGCAACAGCAGCAACAGCAGCAGCAGCAGUACGCCGCGAAGGAGCACGAGCGGCGCAAUUCGGAGACCUUUCUCCAUCUGCAGCAGCUGGCGCAGGCGUAUGGGACCGUCGCGAGCCCACACCAGCUGGAGGUUUCCGGCAGUCACCCGUACUUUCAGCAGCAGGCGUAUCCAGCGCAGCAUACGCACACACAUCCGGAUGGGGUGGGGGUGCACCUGGGUCACCCGGAGAUGGAUGGCGAGCCGGAGGGCGCAUACCAUCGCACUCUCCCGCAUCCUCACCCGGGGCAGGCUCACCACGCGCAGGCGAUGCUGGACGGGGGCUAUCCGCUGGUCGACGGACACCCGGCUCAGCUGGAACUGGUGGGAGUCCCAGGAGCGGUGGGGGGGGAGCGGAGCCCCGUGGGGGGAAUGAUCAGAUGGAGGAGGACCCUGAGCGGAAACAGAAUUCGUGGCUGGCUCCUCACGAUCGCCGCCACAUGUGCGCCGCCGAUCGUCUGUGCGAGGCGCCUGCAACCACCGGCGCACACAACCGUCGCCAGACCGGCGCAGCCACACUCAGUGGAGUGGGGGCGGGUCCCUUGCCCACGCCGAGCGCCGUUUCACGUCGAGCACGGCCGCAGCUGCGCCAGACGGAUGCAGUGGGACGGCGCGACUGUUCGCAUCAGCGCCAAUCACCGUGUCGAGAUGGACUCAUGGACGGACGGCCGUGGCUCCAAGUGUUUCCCUCCUUCCCAGCUUUCUUCUCUGCCUCUCCCUCAGAGCGCCCCACCCAGUCACUCUCUUAUGCCCCCCGGUCCCCGCCCUGCAUGAGCUACAACUAUACCCUCGACGACGACGACCCCCGCAUUUCGUAUGCCUCCGCCGCAUGGGACAUUCAAAACUCGUCCAACCCCGACCUCGACGCAUACUUCGACCGCACCUAUCACCUCGCCCGGUCCAGCGGAGCCUCCUUCAAUUUCACUUUCACCGGCUCCGCCUUUUCGCUCUUUGGCUCCAAGGGCCCUGGCCAUGUACGUCAUUCCUCGUCUGUCCUGCCCCCCCCAGCGCUCACCACGGACGCCCGCGCCCUGCGCACCCAGGCGGACUUCAGCGUCCAGUGCGAUGGGGACGUCUACCCAAACCUCUCCGCCGUCGCAUCCGAGACCCAGUUCCAGCAGCUCCUCUUCCAGUGCCCGUUCGCCAACGCGACCGCCCACCUCGUCCAGAUCGUCGCCGAGUUCCCCGACAUUACCCACACCUGGUUCGACGUCGACUUUCUGACCUUUGCCGACGGCGGCGCGAAAGCAACGACGACGUUGCCCGUCGGGACGGCGAUACCCCCAUACCAGACUGCGUACGUGCCAUUCCUUGCGUUUUUCCAUUCCGGCUUUGGAUUCCGGCAGCUCCAUUCCUGA